AUGAAGAAAUCUGAGCUUAUCUUCAUUCCAUUGCCGGAGACUGGCCAUCUUUUAUCAACAAUCGAAUUCGGAAAGCGUUUGCUAAAUCUUGACCCUCGUAUUUCAAUGAUCACAAUCCUCUCCAUGAACCUCCCUUACGCUCCUCACGCAGACGCUUCCUUAGCCUCGCUCACAGCCUCCGAGCCUGGUAUCCGACUCAUCAGCCUCCCGGAGAUCCAAGACCCGCCUCCCAUCAAGCUCCUCGACACCUCCUCCGAGACUUACAUCAUCGACUUCGUCGCGAAAAACAUACCAUUUCUAAGAAAAACAAUCAAAGACUUAGUCUCAUCAUCUUCCAAAGAAGACUCAAACCAUGUCGCCGGCUUGAUUCUUGACUUCUUCUGCGUCGAAUUGAUCGACAUAGGACGUGAGGUAAACCUUCCUUCCUAUGUCUUCAUGACUUCAAACUUCGGUUUCUUGGGGUUUCUACAGUAUCUACCGGAACGACACCGUUUGGUUUCUUCCGAGGAGUUUGAAGAGAGCUCAGGAGAUGAAGAGUUACCGAUUCCGGCGUUCUUGAACCGUGUCCCGGCCAAGGUUCUGCCGCCUGGGGUGUUUGACAAACUCUCUUACGCGACUCUGGUCAAAAUUGGCGAGCGGUUAACUCAGGCAAAGGGUAUUUUAGUAAACUCGUUCUCGGAAGUGGAGCCGUACGCUGUUGAACAUUUUUCAAGUGGAGAUUACCCACGUGCGUAUCCUGUUGGGCCGGUUCUCAACUUAACGGGCCGUACAAAUCCUGGUCUAGCUUCGGCCCAAUACGAAGAAAUGAUUAAAUGGCUAGAUGAGCAGCCAGACUCGUCGGUUUUGUUCCUGUGUUUUGGGAGCAUGGGAGUUUUCAGUGCACCUCAGAUCAAAGAGAUUGCUCAUGCCCUCGAGCUAGUAGAGUUCAGGUUUAUCUGGGCGAUCCGAACAAACAUGGAGGGAGACGGAGAUCCUCACGAGCCGCUUCCAGAAGGAUUCGUGGAUCGAACAAUGGGCCGUGGAAUUGUGUGUAGUUGGGCUCCACAAAUAGAUAUCUUGGCCCAUAAGGCAACCGGUGGAUUCGUGUCUCACUGCGGGUGGAACUCUAUACAAGAGAGUCUUUGGUACGGUGUACCAAUCGCCACGUGGCCAAUGUACGCAGAACAACAGCUGAACGCGUUCGAGAUGGUGAUAGAGCUUGGCUUAGCCGUGGAGAUAAGACUUGACUAUGUAGCUGACGGUGAUAGGAUCACGCUAGAGAUCGUGUCAGCUGAUGAAAUCGCAACAGCCAUCAGAUCAUUGAUGGACGCUGAUAACCCUAUCAGGAAGAAGGUUAGAGAUAUACAAGUAGCAGCGAGGAAAGCUGUUAGCAACGGUGGAUCUUCUAUGGUAGCCACCGGAGAUUUUAUCAGAGAUAUUCUUGGUGAUCACGUUUGA